AUGGUGGAGUCGGCUACUCUCCUUGCCGGUGAUGACGUCAACUUGACACAGUUCCACGAGGGGCUCCGAGGAAGGUUCAUGGAUCUGCACACGGAGCAUUUCAGCAGUAAUGAUGACGUUGACGCUGCUCGUGCUAGUGGUCGUAUGGCGUGUGCGGUCUUGGCUCGACUAGUGGUCCGGUCGGCUGGUGACGAUGUGACUACUAUGGUGGAUGAAAACUUAUCGGAGAGGCUUCUUGAAGUACUACGGCAGCUGGUGUAUGUCAAAAGUGAAGCAGGCAUGUUGACUCCGCGGACAGUGGUAAAGAUGCACAUGGAGCUAUCUUGGCUUAAAGGGGAGGACCCAUUCGAAGAUAUGGUCACUCGAAUGGUCUCGGAGGAAGCGGACGAUAGUUCUGCAGCCGAUGGCAUGUCUCUUGAUUCGGAGUCGAGUGACCGCGAAAUGGGUAGCCACUCCAGUGAUGAGGCCUCGUCAUCAUCACAGGACUCAGAGCCUCGAGCCAAGCGGCUCAAGGUGGAACCUAGGAGACUACCAUUAAAGCGUCCUCGACCUGUGGAGACGAGGAGUGAGGUGGCCGCAUCACCAACGAGUGUCCAAAGCGC